UGGAUAGGAGCAUUUGAGGCCUAGAAUAGUUUUUCUAAUGAAUCGAGCAAGCUGACAGCGACUGCUAGUCAACAUCUUUUAUCAUCUAAUAUCACAUUCUGUAGACAAUACGUUUACAUGUUGCUUGCGUGCAUCCGUUUGUGUGUGUGGGUCUUUGUAAAGCGACCUGAGGCUGCCCAUAGAGCUGAGAUAUGGUGUUAUAUGAGUUAACUUUAUUUACUACUACCACAUCAUCAUCAUCAUUAUUGUCAUAAUCAUAAUAAUCACAUUUAUAUAGCGUCUUUCUCCAGCAUUAGCCGGACUCAAAGCGUUUUACUUACAAGCGCGAGCUCACUUUUUAGGACAGACAUCAAAGGCACCUUCAUCAACAUACACAGAAACACGCAGACACAAUGCACAGCAACAUAAGAUGAUUGAGAGAGAGGUUUACCUACCAGACUGUCCACGAGUGUGAAGUCCAGAUCCAGUAACCGCCUGCAGCCAAACAUGGCCACCAACUUUAAUCAGUGAGCAGAAUGUGGAAGAUUGGAAAACUGUAAAGUUGCACCUCCACAAAGAAAGGUCUCGAGUUCGUAGGACUAAGGAAGUUACGGGUUAGUAGUGGAUUGGAAAGCUUCCAUUUAAUUAAUUUCCAAGGUCUUGUUGUGUCGUGCCGCCCUGUUGUCUUGGCUCAGUGGAGUGAUUAUGGCCCUUUGUACGCUCUUCAAAGCGUCGCACUUGUGCUUCAGGGGAAAUAACUUGUCACCUGAUCAAAAGACUCAGUUGUUGGACUUUUUGAGCAGGAGCAGGCGCUCCAGUGAUGAAAUGUUCUUCCAAGGCUACCACUGCCCCCAGCAGUUUGCCUCGGAGGUUGCCUAACUACAAACAACAGUUCCUGCUUGGACUUAGAACAUUGAGUGUUAAGACAGAACGAAAUGAAGUUUAACACUUCUAACACUCUCUCCAGCAGUGUCCAUCCCUUCUAUUUCAAUAAAAGAAACUUUUUCCCCACAGGUCUUCAGUUUUUUUAAAAACGGUAUUAAGAAAUGAUAAAACCACACGAGAGGGAUUUGAGUACACUAUUCUUGGGCUCUGAAAGUAUCAUUAACGACAAGAAUUAGGUAUGAAACAUCAUUAAAUAUAGCAGCAACAUGCCUCGCCCGAAGCUACACACACACAUACACACUGACAAGGACCAUGUAUUCAAACAUUAGCAAAUGCAGUAUCAACUAUACCUCACUCGCAACCAUACGCAUGCAGACACACUUAGCAAACACACAUACAUUGCUGCAGUUAUCUGGCAGAUAUUCGAAUGAGCACCUUUUUGUUUUUGUUUUUGUUUUGUUUUUUGCAACUAAGCUGUUCAAACUGCUGCAGCAGAAUGAGUUCCGGCAGUACUCAUUCAGACCUGUCUUUUGAUGACGCCGCUCUAAUCCCUGACCACAGCAAACACAAUCUCAUUCUAAGGCUACCCAGGCAGAUUAAAUUGCACAACCGGCCUUCCACUGCCGACUAGACAACACAAAGGCCUCUAAAGAAGCUCGGAGUAGGGUGGGGGGAACCCUACCUGUCUCCAUGAUUGCGCCGCUAGGAUUUAUUUGCCAGGAGUGGUACCCGAGUGGUUAUAGGUUUCCGCCACGAUGUGGUCGUGUUCCACCCGGGUCGUGCUGCUAGUCGGCGCCAUCUUUCUGAAGAGUCUGCAUGGCAGGAGAGAAGAUGUCUGGAAGAGGCUGGCGCUGAGCAGUACAGACGGGGCUUACAUCAUGGACAGUUUCCAGUCUGUGGCUGCUGUGUCGUCUGAGAUCGGGUGCGCGGUGACCUGCAGUAAAGAGGUCACGUGUCAUAGUUUCUUAUACAGCAGGUCGAGUGGUCAGUGUUUCCAGACGCCCAGCUUCAAGAAAGAGAAGAGCGCAUUCCAGGGACAGCUUGCCUACCACGUGCAUUAUGAUGGGGCCAUUUGUCCGCUUCGCAAGGACUACGACUUCCCUUCUGCCUCCCUUUGCUGGCGACUGAUGACGACGGAGGCGACGUUCGAUGCAGCCCGUGAGCAGUGCGCACUUGACGGCGCGAGUCUGUUGACCAUCAAGACAGAGGAAAGCCGGGCGUUGAUAAGCACCUACCUUAACGGACUGGGGGGGAAGGUGAAGCAGGUGUGGCUGGACGCAGUAGCCUGGCAAACGAACCAGUCGUGGAUGUGGAGUGACGGGGAAGUCUUCAACUCCACCUUUUCCCUGUGGCGCGUGCAGGUGCCGUUCAACACAGAAGUAGAGAGGUGUGUCAAGACACAACCUGACGGAACGUACUACCUGAGGACAGCCGUUUGCACUCAGGUGUUGCCCUACAUCUGCCAACUCCUUCUGCCAGUCUGAAUGCCUUCAUCUCACCAGAGUGAUGUCCAGAGCUCAGGCUGUAUUCGCCCGACCGUGGUUUUCUCUGUAUAACAUCCAGAUGUUAAAGACAGAGACGAAGAGUGAAAUGAAAUAAAUAUUUUACAUGUUAAUAAUAUUUUAUUUGUCAGUCUGUUCCCUUGUCU